GCAGCGAAGACAGUGAAGGCACCAGGCGGCGCAGCACAGGUCCACCGGCCCAGCGCCGUGGGGGGCUUUAUUUAUUUAUUUAUUUAUAUUUGGACCGACGCUGUCCCUAGGUCGCUGAUCCCAAAUGCACCGGCGGCUCACCUUCAUCUCCAUUCUCGUGUGCGCGAACUUUCGCAGCUAUCUGGACACUUUUGCGGCUCCGCAGAGCGCAUCCAUCAAAGCUUUGCGCAAUGCCAACUUCAGGAGAAACGAGAGCAAUAACCUGACAGACUUGUACCGGAGAGAAGAGCACAUUCAGGUGACAGGCAAUGGCCAUGUGCAGAGUCCUCGCUUCCCCAAGAGCUACCCAAGGAACCUGCUUCUGACAUGGCGGCUCCGUUCCCCAGAGAAAACACGGAUACAGCUGGCCUUUGACCAUAAGUUUGGACUAGAGGAAGCAGAAAAUGAUAUCUGUAGGUAUGAUUUUGUGGAAGUUGAAGAUAUCUCUGAAACCAGCACUGUUGUCAGAGGCAGGUGGUGUGGCCACAAGGAAAUCCCUCCAAGGAUAACAUCACGAACAAACCAGAUUAAAAUCACAUUUAAGUCCGAUAACUACUUUGUGGCAAAACCUGGAUUCAAGAUUUAUUAUUCUUUUGUGGAAGAUUUCCAACCUGAAGCAGCCUCAGAGACCAACUGGGAAUCAGUCACAAGCUCUAUCUCUGAGCGGUCCUAUUACUCUUCAUCAGUAACGGACCCCACUCUCACUGCUGAUGACCUGGACAAAACCAUUGCAGAAUUCAAUACUGUAGAAGAUCUGCUUAAGCACUUCAACCCAGAGUCUUGGCAAGAUGAUCUACACAAUUUGUACCUGGACACCACUCGUCAUAGAGGCAGGUCAUACCAUGAACGGAAGUCCAAAGUGGACCUGGACAGGCUCAAUGACGAUGUCAAGCGUUACAGUUGCACCCCCAGGAAUCACUCGGUGAAUCUCAGGGAGGAGCUGAAGCUGACCAAUGCGGUCUUCUUCCCACGAUGUCUUCUCGUGCAGCGCUGCGGAGGCAACUGCGGCUGCGGAACUGUCAACUGGAAGAGCUGCACAUGCAGCUCAGGGAAGACAGUGAAGAAGUACCACGAGGUGCUGAAGUUUGAGCCUGGCCAUUUCAAGAGAAGGGGCAAAGCUAAGAACAUGGCUCUUGUCGAUAUCCAGUUGGAUCAUCAUGAGCGGUGUGACUGUAUCUGCAGCUCAAGGCCACCUCGAUAAAGCGCAGUGCACAUCUGUACAUUAUGCAUGAAAUGACACAUAGGUUAAGAAAAUGUGGUAAGGCACUCUCGCCCCACCCUAAGCAGUCAAAAUUGCUUCUAAUCUACAAUGCAGUAAAUAGAGGUUAAA